AUUACUGCUCAGUAUAAGUUUCGAUCUCUUUCGAUAAACACCUUUCCUAUUAUCUUUACUUUUUCAACAAUGUUUGUACAACUUUUUAUAAAAAGCAAUCGGGAGUAUCGGCAGGCCGCCGUAGUACGUAUUAAAGAAGACUACAAAAUUUCUGAUUUAAAACUUGUGUUGAGGAAGCACACCAAAAUUCCAGUGGAAGAUCAAAAAAUUAUGUUUUUUGAUACGGUCCUCAAAGACGAAUACCUCUUGUGGAAGGUGGCGAAGAAAUGUAAGGCUGAUCUCUUGGCUUAUCACGAUGAUGCGCUUUUUGGUCGUAUCCAGUUUUUGGAUAAUUUCGAUCGACGCUGCCGGUCAGUGCUGAAGGAUGUGGACAUGGAGGUGCCCAAUGAGGUUGGGCCGCAGAUCGUCGCGUUGGGCGGUGGGUGCUCAAGUUCCGCUAGUUCAGAGCCAAGUAUCAAUGGCCUCUCUAGUACGAGAAGCUCCUUUAUGGCACCCCAGAGCUCUGGGCCCUCCUACUGUCCUAAAAGCGACGCGAAUAGCUGUGUUUCCGAGGACCCAUGCGAAAUCAAAUGCUGCGAGGAUAAUCGUCCUCCGUACGCUAGGGUAAUGCCCGAAGAUCGCCGAUUUGGUGUAGUAAUCACCAAUGAAGAGUGCCCCGGCGAAUGUGAUUUCAAUUGUAUCUUGGAGUUCCUGGCUGAAGCAUUCCAUACCACACAGGACGUCGCCUCACUGAGCUUCAGCCAAUGUACUCCGGUAGCUGAAUUCGACUGCUCUUUGCUACUCGUUGCCGAGGACACUGACUCCAGUGAAUGGCUUCUCCGGGCAGCACAACCCAUGUGUCCACCUUACAGAUGCAUGUCUUUCAUCAGACAUUUUGAGCUGGUGCGGUGCACAUUUGUUGUACCAAUGGUCGUGGAAAGGUCGCUCUGCAGUGUGUUCCACAUAUUUGAAAACCAAAACUGCGGCCUUGACACCGGGAAAUGGUGCGUGAUGAGGAAGACUCCUUUGGAUCCUUGCUCAGAUACAUAUGAUUCUAAGGUAAUCUUUCGGGAUUCCACCAACUUUGAGCUCAUGGCUUACAUUGACGUCGAAUCCAAGGACUACAUUGAGCACCAUUGCAGCAAGAUAAAGUAUAUAACGUGGCAUCUGCCUGUGGAAUUCAGCCAGGGAAUGACAUGUGCAAAUACAUAAGAUAGACGCGUUAUAUGUAUUAGUUUUGUACGCUGCGAAUAUAGAUAUAUAAAACCGUUGAAAAUA